AUAUGCAUAUACAUGUGUGUGUAGAAUAUAUUUCUUGGUUGCUUUCCUGGAGUUGCUCAUUUUGCACAUUCCACUUAAACACGCGGUAGAAAAUGUGCUGUCAAGCUUAGGCAUAGAACAUUAUAUUAGGAAAAAUAGACACUCAGAAGUCGCAAGAAACAAGAAGGAAGAUUCGUUGUUGAAGAAGAAGGAGGAGGAGGAAGGGGAGGAAAAGGAAGGAGGAGGCGGAGGAGAAGAAGAAUAAGAAAGAGGAGAGGAAGAAAACAAAUAAAGGAACAAAGAAUAGAAAGCGAACUUACUUUAAAUGAAGAAGUAAUGAAAGGAAGAAAGGCUAUCAGGAAUACUCGAUGAAAAAAACAACAAAAUAAAAAGAAAUUAGCCAUACAAUAUCUAUUUUGCUAAAGUAUUUUUUUAAAGAAAAAGAAAAGAAUAGGAUGGUGUGGUUUCGAGGAAAGUUAAGUUUGAUCCUUUGUAGCCUGCAAGGUACCUUCAUAGCGAUCUAUGCAUUGUAUAUGGAACACACAGAUGUCGAAAGUGAAUUUUCCUAUGCAGUUUUUCAAGAUGUCCAAGGACUGCUUUAUUUGGGUAUCGGUUUCUUGCUGACUUUUCUGAAGCGACAUGCCUUUUCCGGGAUCAGCUUUAACUUACUCGCAACUGCCCUAGGUGUCCAAUGGGCCUGGAUUGUUCAAGGGUUCGUUGGUCCCGAAGGCGUAGUUAGUAACAAAAUUAAGAUGGAUUACUCUACUUUAGUAGACGGAGAUUUUGCCGUGGCCAACGUUUUAAUAUCAUACUGUGCCGUUUUUGGUAAAAUUAGCCACAUACAAUUGGUUGUGAUGACAAUUGUGGAAAUUCUAGUGGCUGAACUGAAUGAAUUCGUUGGAAUACAUAUUUUAAAAGCUCUUGAUUCAGGUGAUGCAAUUUACAUACAUCUCUUCUCUGCCUUUUUCGGAUUGUCUGUGAGCAGAGUUCUCUACAAGAAAGAAAUUCAAGAAUCUUCCAAAGAAACCAGUGAUUAUAAUUCAGACAUUUUCGCACUGUUAGGUACCAUAAUCUUGUGGAUCUAUUGGCCAAGCUUCAUCGGUUCAGUCGGUACAGGAUUACUUCAACAGAAAAUUGUUGCCAACACACUCAUGUCACUCUGUGCUUCUACAGUUGCUGUCUUCGCAGUUUCGUCUCUGGUAGAUAAAAAAGGCAAACUUGAAAUAUCACAUAUCCAAAACGCUACUCUGGCUGGCGGGGUUGUCAUCAGUGCUUGUGUUGAUGUUAUUCAAAAACCAUACCAGGCUCAGAUACUCGGUUUCAUCGGUGGCACAGUAAGCGUACUGGGUUUUAAGUAUUUACAACCAGUACUUUUGAAAAAAAUGAAAAUCCACGAUACGGGUGGAGUAAACAAUCUGCACGCCUUGCCAGGGAUUGUGUCUGGAUUAGCGGGGUUUGUGUUCGCUGUUCUAGCAACAGAGGAAAAUUACGGAACACGAUUAUAUGAACUUUAUCCAGCAAGACGAAAUGACACAGAAAAUAGAACUGCCUGGCAACAAGGUUACUACCAGUUAGCUGUAAUAGGCAGCACUAUGGGUAUAUCAAUUAUUGGUGGUAUAUUCACAGGUAUCCUGUUGAAAUUGCCGAUAUGGAACGAGCCCGAUGCCGAAAACUUGUUCGACGACAAGCAAAGCUGGUGCCUUACAGAGAAAAAUGACCAGACUCUUGACAAGUCAAUAAAAGCGGAAACAUCAACAUUUACAUCAACCGAGUUAUUUAUAAUAAAUAAUCAAUAAGCUACAUACGGAGUGGUAAUACAUUUGUCGUUACAACGAAUAUCAGCCCCUAGUGGAAAUUAAAUGGUUCUGACUUUGUAACUAGUUCCUCAUAUCUCUGCUACCUCUGAUAUCCUUGAGAAGGAAUCACAUACGCUUCAUAUUUCCCAUCUUAGCUCUCUUUUGAAGUUAAAAGAAGUUAAUCAUGCAUUAAUUAAUAUUGCUGAGUAUAAAUAGUCAAAAAAUAUGUGAAGAUAUUUAUUGUUCAUCUUGUAGGUUAGCUCCCACGAUGUCCUGCUCAUUUUUGUCGUUUUGUCUGGGAAAGUAGGUCACGCCCAAGAACCAUUAUUACCUUUUGGUAAACGUCAUGCCAAAAGUGGUCCCGACAUUAUAACUUGCGUAAAACAUUUGAUUCUUUUCUGUCCUGAAAAGUACAAUCAAACACAGUUAGUAUCAAUAUUUUACGCGUUAUUUGUCAGGUCCUAAUUCGUCAGACAAAUUUAAGGAUUAGAGUUUAGAAAAAAAAAAGAAGAAAAUAGUUGAAGUAGGCUAUCCUCUGACAGUAUGGGUCUGCAUACAUAUAUGAAUGUAUGUAUGCGUAUAUGUAUACAUGUAUGUAAAUAGCGAAGGAAUAAAUACAGAUAUUUGUUGUUGUCGUUA